AGUGGAUCUCGAUAUUGCAUGGAACAAAAUUAUGCACGACGGCAGUCACGUGAUCAGAGUUUGCUGGUAUAAUGGAAGGGACCAAUACUAUCUGUGAGUUGUUGCAAUUCAAAAUAUCAUGGGUUCCUUGGACACGGUCAUAGAACAGAUUUAGAUCAUUGAUGGGUGUGUGGAAACAGAGGGAUCUAGAAGUAGAUCCAAGGAUUUGCAUUAGGAUCACCAUAGUAGUUCCACCGAGGUCGGACGAAGUGCAGAAACUUCUGCACUAUGAUGAAAGAGGUACGCGAGGCGGUGUGUAGUCCUGGUUCUGUUUUACUUGCAAAUCUUGCGGCUUGCUGCCCAGUCGAUGGUACUUUGUGACACUUGUAGCUGCUAUAUCCAUCUUGUGGCCGCCGUUGGUUAUAAAAUUUUUAGUCAAACCCGAGGAGUUACUGCGAUGUUUUGCGAUCCUGCAACUGUAAGUCGGGAAACGUACCAAGUGAAAACCGUUUGCGUUUCUAUCUCAUUAUCAACCUGUGCGCUUCUGUGUGCAAUAAGUACGUUUAGCGCAACAUCCGCAUCAGCCUCAUCAUGCCGAUUCUAGUCAAUCCGGAGUUCCAGGGGGACCUCGAAGCGCAGCACGUGGUGAACAUCCUUGUGGGGCCAGCAGGCGGCGUCAGGAAGACCUUGCGCGGCUUUUACUGCCCUCCGGCUAAGAACUACACCGGUGGUGAAGAAGAUGAGACUAGCAUGGGCAGGAGCACGAAAGACGGUCUGGUGCUCGUCUUUCCGAAUUAUGCUGGACUGAAAACCUGGGACAGGGAGGUGGGCGCGUGGGUGAGUCGGCUCGGGUACCACGCACUGGUUUGCGACUACUACACGGCAGAGGAGUUUCCGUACGCCGACCGGGAGGCCAUCGAGUUUCCGCCAGGGUCUCCCGAGCGAAAGCGGCACUUUGAGAGGGGUAUGCGCGUGAUGAAUGACUGCCUAUUGACCAAGGCGGCGUCCUUUCUGCGGCCCAUGGUGAACACGUGGUUGCGGGAGGGCAUCGCCCGAGUUUUGAGUAGUCGUGAAUCAUCAUCGCGGGCGGGGAGCGAAACAAGUGUGGUCGUAAGUACCUUAGGCUACUGCUUGGGUGGCGUCGCGGGUCUGGAGCUGUGGCGGUCCGGUGCACAAGAGCUCGACGCCGUGGUGUCGGUGCACGGCGUUUUGCAAACAAAGCCGCUCGACCCACAGGCCACGGCCGAGGUGCUCGUCACGCAACCCCCGGGUCAUCCAGAGGCUCCGAAACCGGGCGUCAAGAUUUUGCUGGAGCACGGCGAGAGCGAUCAUCUGGUGCCAGAGGCAAUGGUGCGAAACUUUUUGGGCAAGGAAUGCAAGGCGCACCAGGCAGCCGUAACCCUCCACGCGCACCCGGAUACGCCACACGGGUUUGCGCUUCCUCUCGGCGUCGGCAACGCUGCUUUCCCAGAUGCUGACCGCCAGAGCUGUCGCUCGAUUCUCGAGUUUUGGCGCACCGAGGUGUUUCGCGAGGUGGAGACCGGAGGUGCGAUGGCGUUACGGGUCGCAAAAACGCCCGCGGGUGUUCCAAUAUGAUGAAUCAAUUCAGGCUGGUAGUUCGCUUGUCGUAUGGAAAUGAGGAGCAACAUGAUAUGUAUGACGGCCCCAGAUGAUUUUAAAUAUUUGGGCACUCUGGAAGCGCUAUGGCAUGGAUGAAGGGAUCAGCUAUAUUGUUUUACAAUAUCUUCCUCGAGUUCUACUUCGCCUCGGAAUCAGCAAAAAAAAGUAAAGCAAAGGUCGCGAGAUCAGAAUUGCGUCCCGCUUCCGAGGAAUUUGCUAUAGCCAAACACGCAAAAAGUUUUGCCUUUGGCGAGUCAAUGGCUCUGCUGAAAUUACCAGCGCAAGUAAGCCCUCUGAUGCACAGCGCUAGCACUUGCGAUGCCGCAGGAGCAUCCGCGGGCAUGGGUAGAGCGGAAAAUGUGACGAGUUCCUGAUGAUAUAAUAAAGCCACAUUUCAUCCUCGAAUGAUUUGUCCUGUAUGCAAUAGUUCUGAACGUACUUUUCGAGCGCCAAGCAGGAAUUAAAAUUCUGCAGUUUUCGUUAAGUCAGAAAAAGGCGAUCCUGGU